GCAUUGAAGGCACAUGCACCAAUUGCUUUCAUAUCAGAAUCAGGCAGAAGACUAUAUGCAGAACUUGUAGCUGUAUCACAAAGAUUGUUUGAGAUACUGAUAGUUGCAGGAAUCAGAAUACCAAAGAUAAAAUGUCAAACAAAAAAGCCUUCAGUUUUGGAGGUGCCUGGAGAAAGCAACAGUGAGUUACCUUCUGAUAUAGCCUCCUCAGAAGUGGAUUCUCACACAAAGGCAGUCUUGCAUCCAAAUUUUGUGAGAGAAAGGAUUGCUUGUCUUGCUGACCGGAAACUGAAUAAGAAGAGAUGCAAAAAGCAUGGAUACAGACCAGAAAGCAUACCAAGAAAUGAACAAAUUGGAGAGGAAAUGACAAUAAACCUACAAGAUAAUAAAGAAAGUACAAAUAAUAGAAUCCCUGUCUCUCAUAAGCAGCUGAAAUAUGUACAUACCAAGAAAUUAACUAUUGCUUCUGGACCAAUGACUAAGCAUGGGAGAAGACCUCAGCAUGUUGAGAAAUAUGAGAAACAGCCAGUAGAAAAUCAAGUUCAAGAAAAGCUAGUUGAGAGAGAGUCAAAGAAAAUGCCUAGAUAUACACAGAGAAGAACUUUACCACAUAAAGGAGAUAGGGAGCAGUUGGAGAGAUUGCUUCAGCCAGAAGGUGAUUUAUUUUUCUGACGGCAAUUGUUUUCU